AGAUCUUUGACCAUCACUACCAGUCUGCCUGACUCUGCCAUUACCAACAACCUUGCGUGACAAGCUUUCUGCUAGAACAAUCUGCCUUCCAUUAAAACAUUGAGUGGGGACCAUUUGGUUAAUAUGUAUAUAGGUUUAUGUGUACAUAAAUAUUAUGCAAAUAGCGUUGUUACCCGAUGCUGACAAAUACAAUCUGCCUUUGAGUGGACGAUUUCCGUGUGAACUUUGUUAGUGAAUUGACCGAAUGACUUGGGAGUCUGUCGAGAACUUUUGGUAAGGUGAAUAACUGAAAGGGGAGAAUUAUUGCUAGACAAAUUAAACAGACCGGUCCAUAGCGAUAUAUUCUGUAUUGUAAAGCUGUGGUAAAAAGAACGGAGAACGCUGCUGUAUAUGACACUAGACGCAGGUGCUCUUGUCAGUGUAGUUGGAUGCUGUUAAACCCAAACGAUAUGCCUACUGCGUUGGUUUUUCUCGAUCAAGAAUAUUGACGUAAAUGUCUGAAAAGCAAUCUUGCAGUCCCAGCUUAAUGCUGUCACCGCAUACCUCGGAUGUUCGUCUUUACGAGCGAGUUCGACUUCAGAGUUUCCAAAGCUUGCUCAGUGCAUCCCCUGCAGGGCGCUUUCGUUCACCAACAAGACAUCCGCGGGUCAUACUUGAAGAUCUACUAAAAGCAGAGGUGUUGUCGACGCAGCUUGUAUUGGCUAUUGAAGACCUUGUCAAAAGUUUGUUGUCAAUGAUGGAUUCUUGCAAGGAGAAUGGAGAGGAUUAUGGGAUGUCCAGUACCACAGAAGAUGAAUCAAUCAGGAGUUUUCGUAGUGCGUUAGUUCAGAGUGCAAACACUUUAGACGAACUCACGAAAUUACAGAUUUCAGAGAACGGCAGGGAUGUGAAUGAUCCACAAACCACAGAGAAUGGUGGCUUGUUUGUAAACACUGCUUCAGUGGUUGAACAUCACGAAACAAAUGAUGGUAACCAUACGAUCAACCAACCCAGAUUUGGCAAGAUCUUGUCUUCGGGUAGUGACAGUACAACGCCAAAAUCAUCGUCUCUCUCAGCAAGAGAGAGUGAAUUCAGUAGUACGUCCCCGUCAGACGUCACGAUAGCCUGCGAUGAACACGAUGUGAGCGGACGAGAUGAGAAUGGAAAUCAUGUUGCUUUCUUGCAUGAAGCCGUCAAAACGCUUCGAAAUGAAGUCCAGGAAUUGCAGGCGAAACACGAGAUGCAGUUCAUAACUUUUGCCAGUAAAUUUAUAGAGCUUGAUGAAGACGAGCGUCCCUCUACGAGAAACAUUCUUGAAAAGAUAAUGCAAAAGUUAUCUCCACAAGAUCAGAAUUGGACGUUUCAUGGAAGGCUUGACGAAGCAGAAAUGGAACAUCUUUUCUACUUUGUCUUGCUGCAAAAAACGCUUAAAUCUUGUCUUGCAGUCAUGAACACCCCAGAAGCCAGAGAAUUUAAUAGAAAACCAGAGAACAUACGAGUUCGUGAAAAUAGACCCAAUCGAAGAGAUCUCAUUCCAUCUUCAAGCAAUGCUAAUGGACCGGUUUGUGUAAAUUGUCGCCGAUCUUUGAGAGAUCGUGACAGCGCUGAUGAAACUGAUCCUGAAAAUGUCAAAGAAAAGUAUCAAACUUAUGGUGAAAGUAAGACGCUGCUGAAUGUCCCCAAAAGCGAAAUACAAUACAACAGUUCAGACAGUAAUGAAGAGCCUGUCCUCAAUGGCUUAACUAAAUCAUCUUUGAAAAGACCGCACGAUUUUGAAUUUGAACAGCAAAGCAAAAAAAGAAAGAAAGGAAAGAAUUUGUUCUCUUGUUUCAGUACGAAGUGGUUAAGAAAUAACAGACGAUCCAAAAAGCUUUAGAGAUCAUUGGGAAAAAAGAAAAAUAAUGAAAAAUAUGUUAAAUUAUAUAUGAAUAUAAAAU